ACUCUCAGUGCCCAGCUUCCCCUAGGCAGCGCUUCUUUAUUUCGAGUCGCGGACUAAGGAAGGCGUUGAUCGCGCACCCGGACGUAGGAGACGAUCACAUUGCCAGCCGUCGCCGUGACACUUAUCGCCGGUCCGAUAGAUCGCCGUCCGGGAUCUCGUUUGUUUGGACUCGCCGCCGGACGUUGAGGUCCGCGUGUGCCGCCUCUCCACUCUCAUUCGCCUGCUGUCGGAUCCUGUCUGUGCAUGCCCAUACGCCGCCAAAUACAACUGGGCUACUUUCCACGGAAAUAGACAAAUAUCGCAUUAUCAAGUUUGCUCGAAAUUUUUUAUCCCGCCCUGGGCCUUCUAUAUUUGGACGAACUUACCCAAUAACAAUGUCACAGUGCAGGAAAUUGAGAGCCUCUGCACCGCCACCACCGACACCACCAAUUUCAACGGACACUUUGCCGAGGCCGAGCGCACCGCCGCCACCAGCAGGAUGGCGAGAGACGAGUACGACCUUUCCACCAGGCUUACUCUCGCUUAUGCCCCUUGAUCGGAUAUUCGUCGACGGCGAGCAGGACAGUGUCGAAGCGCUACACCUAUGGGAGAGCAAUAAACAGUACCGAGUGUCAAGCGCCAACGGUGAGCUCAUCUACGUCGCUCUCGAGGAAUCCGAUGUAUGCUCACGUUGCUGCUUAGGUAAGCAUCGGGGCUGGAACUUCCACCUCCUCGAUAAGCAUCAUCGAGAGAUCUUCCGGCUAACUCGCUCGCUUAGAUGCUCCAGCUGCUGCUUUCCCUGCUGUUUGCAGCGAAUGACGAUUCACGCGAACAACCAACUGCUGGGUUCGGUGAGGCAGAACUGCAACGCCUGGAGGCCCUCGUUCACGAUCCUCGAUUCCCUCGACUCGCCGGUACUCUACAUCAAGGGUCCGAUCACCUACUACUGCAUCGGCAACGUGAAUUUUCGCAUAAGAUCAACCGAUAAGCAGCAGAGCAUUGGCACGAUAACGAAAAACUGGUCAGGCCUUGCAAAGCGAUUUUUUAAAGAAGGCGAUUCCUUUGGCAUCAGCUUCCCCGUCGACCUUGAUGUGAAAAUCAAGGCCGUUCUCAUCGGCGCCUGCUUCCUAAUUGACUUUAUAUAUUUCCAAGAACAAUCAAACUUGAGGCGACUACAGGAAUAUUCUAACCGAAACAUUUGAAAAAUGGAAUAUCGAGCGAUCGUUUAAUCACAAUCCCGUCCUCUGCG